AAAAAGUUUUUAGGGCGCUGGUGAAGUCAGAGCGAAUACCAAGAAGGUGGUGUGCCGAGAUGGACGUGGGGAAGGAUGAAUCUCACCUGAAGCUCCUCCAGACACCUGAACCUCAUCCACGGAGAGCCCGUGUCCCAGAAGUCAUUGGAACUUGGAGUCUGAGGAACAGAGAGCAGCUCAGGAAGAGGAAAGCUGAAGUGCAGGAGAAGCAGACGUCGCAAUGGCUCCUUGGAGAACAGAAAAAACGCAAGUGUCAAAGCACAGGAAAAGGAAAUUCAAGAGGCCGAACGAGACAAAGAAGCACAAAGGUGCAGGCAGAAAAGCAAAGGGUGCAGGAAAUACCUGCUGAGGAAGAAACGGAGCGCCCUGUAAGCCCGGUGACUGCAGUCCCCACACUGGUGGUGUGCUCCCCAGAAGCUGUGCCUGCACAACACUGUGCUGAAGUGCGCCAGGAGAGAGCAAUACAGAACCACUCUCAAGCACACAAACACACGGCCAAACCGGAAGACCUCUUUCCUAGCACGUGCCAAGAAAUGACUGUACUUCAACAUUCUUCUAAAAUGUGCCAAGACACAGCUGAACCCGAGGUGCUCUCUCCUGAAAUGUGGCAGGAAACAGCUGUGCCCCAAGACCAUUCUUCAAAAGUACCCCAAGAUAUGGCUGGACCUGAGGUGCUCUCUCCUAAAAUGUGCCAGGAAACAGCUGUGCUCCAAAACCAUUCCUUCAAGGCACCCCAAGAUACAGCUGGACCCGAGGCGCUCUCUCCUAAAAUGUGCCAGGAAACAGCUGUGCCCCAAAACCAUUCCUUCAAGGCACCCCAAGAUAUGGCUGGACCCGAGGCGCUCUCUCCUAAAAUGUGCCAGGAAACAGCUGUGCCCCAAAACCAUUCUUUCAAGGCACCCCAAGAUAUGGCUGGACCUGGGGCGCUCUCUCCUAAAAUGUGCCAGGAAACAGCUGUGCCCCAAAACCAUUCUUUCAAGGCACCCCAAGAUAUGGCUGGACCUGAGGCGCUCUCUCCUAAAAUGUGCCAGGAAACAGCUGUGCCCCAAAACCAUUCUUUCAAGGCACCCCAAGAUAUGGCUGGAUCUGAGGUGCUCUCUCCUAAAAUGUGUCAGGAAACAGCUGUGCCCCAAAACCAUUCUUUCAAGGCACCCCAAGAUAUGGCUGGACCUGAGGCGCUCUCUCCUAAAAUGUGCCAGGAAACAGCUGCGCUUCAAGAACAUACUUUGAAAAUGUGCCAAGAUGUGGCCAGACCUGAAGUCCUCUCUCCUAAAACACAUCAAGAGGCGGCCGUUGUUCCCUGGACAACACUGGGAGAUGCUGCUGGCCCAGGAUGCUUUCCUGCAGCACUCCCCCCAUCAGAUGUGCCUGAAGGCUGCCCACUUGACGCAUGCCCCAAAUCAGUCACACCAGAGAAAACUGCUUGCCAAGCAAAUCAGGGCUUGGCUGUGACUGGAGGCUGCUUUCCUGAAACACGAGAACGCAGUGCGUUUGAAGACGUUUCUAUAAAAACACGCCAAGGAGGAACGGAACCUGAAUUCAUUUCUCAUGAGAUCUACAAACUCAAUGAGCCUAGAGUUUCCUCUCCUGAAACAAUGCAAGACUCACUUGGGCCUGAAGAAUAUUCACCUGAAGCCUGCCGUGAAAUGCCUGGGCCUGAAGACCUCUCUAUCAAGACCUGUGAGAAAAGGGAUGGGCCUAAAGACUGCCUUCCAGAACAAACCCAGGAAGCAGGUGGGGCCCAAGGACAGGACCCUCAUGCCUACCAGGACAGUGAUGGUGCUUGUCAUUUCUCUCAAGAAAUGAAGGAAAAAGCCAAAGCAGAUCAAGAUCCAGAAAUACCAUCAAGUCCACAGGGUCCACAAGAGAACUGUUCAGAAGACGACCCCGAUAGCUAUGUUCUGUUUUAACAAUACUCAGCGAUGAAGUUGCAGUCCAACCGAAUAUAGCAUACACAUCUUCUCUUGUAAAAUUUUACUGAAACAUUGUAGCAAUUGCUACAAUUUGCAUUACUGUUUUAGCUUGUGUUUUUUCC